AUGCCUCGUCGCCCGCCGUCCUCUGCCCGCCCGUCCACCGCAUCGCACCGCCCGUCCACGUCCCGGCUCCCGGCGACGCCAGGGCUCGCGACGCCAGGCUACGGGCCGCAGUACACGGACUCGCAGGAGUACACGAUCGAAGAGGACGAGGACGAGUCCGAGGCAGAGGACGUCUUCGCCUUUGGGCCCCCGUCCACCGCCGACCCCGCCUCCUACUUUCCCUCUCCCCCCGUCGCAUACCCGCCCCCUGCCUUCGACUUUCACGACAGAGCCCACGCAGGCCCCAUACCAGGUCCCUCUACUCUAUACCCCCGCCAUCCGUAUCCCCUCAGCCCGCCCCCCGUCGACUCUCCCCCCUCCACCGAGUCCCAGUCUCAGUCCCAUGAUGGCGACGCAUACAGACUCCAGCGUCUCCAGCCACCACCCAGUCUCCCCGCUAGCGCUCCUGCCACCAACUCUGCCACCGGCACCGGCACGCUCUCUGGCGUCAGCUCCGCCAUCAGCUCUAGAGAGCGCAAGCUCCCCCCAACCCCCGCCUCCACAAGCUAUACCACCAGCAUCCUAGAUGUCGACAGUCGCGAGGGGUCCAUAAAAAUGGAGGUGGAUUUAGAAGACUACGACGAGGAAGAUAGCCCGUACCCAGAGGUACGCGCUUCCGUCUCCAAUAUCGACGAUCCCGAUAUGCCCGUCAUGACCAUCCGCAUGUGGUUCCUGGGCCUGCUGCUCACCUUCAUCGCUGGCGGCGCCAACAUGUUCUUCUACAUGCGCGCCCCGUCCCCCUCGCUUACCCCCAGCCUCGUCGUCCUCGUCACCCACCCGCUCGGCAAGCUCUGUGCCUAUCUCCUCCCCAUCACCACCUACCGCCUCCCGCGCUUCCUCGGCCGCCUCGAGUUCUCCCUCAACCCUGGGCCAUGGAAUAUCAAGGAGCACGCCCUCGUGUACAUGAUGGCCAACGUCGCCAUCGGAGCCCCCUACUCCAUCCUCGCGACCAUCGUCUCCGACCAGGACUACGGCCGCAGGCUCGAUUACUGGUUCACCGUCCUGCUCAUCAUCUCCACCCAGUUGACCGGCUUUGGGCUCUCCGGGCUCUGCAGGCGGUUCUUGGUAUGGCCCGCGAGCAUGAUCUGGCCGUCGAACCUGAUCACCUGUACGCUGCUGAACACGCUGCAUGCCGAGGAGGACGACGGCCGGGGAGGGGUCACCAGGUUCAGGUUUUUGGUGUACAUUCUCAUCGGCGCUUUCUUUUUCUUCUUUCUCCCGGGGUACUUGUUCACCGCGCUCUCAGUAUUCAACUGGAUAUGUUGGAUCGCCCCCAACAACAUCCCAGUGAACCAGGUCUUUGGCAUCAGCUCUGGGCUCGGUGUGAGCGUCAUCACGUUCGACUGGACCCAAAUCAGCUGGAAUGGCAGCCCCCUCAUGGUGCCCUGGUGGGCGCAGACGCAGAUAUUCGGCGGGUUCGUGCUCAUGUACUGGAUCAUCACCCCGAUCCUGUACUACACGAACACAUGGGACCUAGCGUACUUUCCGCUGAUGAGUUCGAAUCUGUACGACCGGCACGGGCACCUGUACAACGUGACGCGGGUGCUGGAUGCGAACAACCAGUUCAACGAGACGCUCUACGACAAUUACUCGCGGUUGUACCUUCCCGCGACAUACGCGAUCGCGUACCUGACCGCGUUUGCCCUCUCGUCGUGUGCGGUCGUGCAUACGAUACUCUACCACGCACCGACGAUCCUGCGCGGCAUCAAGCGCUCCCGUGUAGAGAAGGACGACAUCCAUGCGAAGCUCAUGCGUGCGUAUCCCGAGGUCCCCGACUGGUGGUAUGCGCUCGUGUUCCUCUCCUGCUUUUCGCUCGCGCUCAUCGCGAACGAGGUAUGGCAUACGGGCGUGCCGUUCUGGUUCCUCAUCCUCGCGGUGCUCAUCCCCUCGCUGUAUAUCGUGCCCUCGGGAUACGUCUUUGCUGUGACGGGCCAAGUGAUUACGAUUAAUUUGGUCGUCCAGGUGAUCCCGGGAGUGGCUCUCCCAGGCCAACCUGUUGCGAAUAUGAUCUUCAAGGCGUAUGCUCUGCAGACGCUCGCCGAGGGCUCGCGCUUCGUUCAGGACCUCAAGCUCGGGCACUACAUCAAGGUGCCGCCACGAGCGUCCUUUAUCGUGCAAUUGGUGGGGACGUUGCUGACAGGGUUCAUCCAAGUCGGCGUGCAGACGUGGAUGUUCAAGAGCGUCCCCGAGAUCUGCACGCCGAACCAGAGGGACCAGCUGACGUGUCCGUACGCGAGCGUGUUCUUCUCCGCGUCGAUCCUCUGGGGCCUGAUAGGCCCGAGUCGGCAGUUUGGCGCGUCGUCGAUGUACCACCCGCUGCUGUACGCGGUCGCGAUCGGCGCGGUGCUGCCGAUCCCGCUGUGGGUCUGGCAGCGGCGGUACCCGCGCUCGUGGACGCGCAUGGUGAACACGCCGAUGAUCGUGAACGCGAUCGCGAACAUCCCGCCGUCGACGGGGAUCAACUACUCGUCGUGGUUCGCCGUCGGGUUCAUCUUCCAGUACGUCAUCCGCAAGCGCAAUUUCUUGUGGUGGAGCAAGUUCAACUAUGUUACGAGUGCGGCGCUCGAUAGCGGGACGGUCAUUUGUUUGCUCGUCUUGUUCUUUACGCUGCAGCUCCCGAAGAACGGCAUCGCGCUCAAGUGGUGGGGGAACUCCGUCUGGCAACGCACCGCGGACUACCGGGAACCGCCACUGUACGCGGUCCCGCCAGGAGGGCUCUCAUAG